AUGUCAUCCAAACGAUUACGAAGAGUCGGUCUCAGCAAAGAAGCAUUGGAUUGUCUGUCAAAAAACAAUAUUCACUCAUGCAAGGAUUUACUAUCAAAAACAAAGUUGGAACUCCUUAAAUUUCUUGGUCUCAGUAUCUACAAAGUGGAUGAAGUGGUAGAGCUGUGCAGCAAAUCUUGUGCUCCAAAACCUCAGACUUGUUUAGAAUUAUGGAAAAAGAGAAAGGAGAAGGGUUGUCAUUUUUUUCAGACCUCCCUCCCAGACCUAGACAAGGUGCUCCAUGGAGGCAUACCAGUGGGCACUAUUACUGAGAUAUCUGGUCCAGCUGGCUGUGGUAAGACCCAGUUCUGUCUGAUGUUGAGUGUACAAUGUACACUUUCAUUGGAACUUGGUGGACUUGCUGGAAAUGUCUUGUACAUCGAUACAGAAUCAGCAUUCAGUGCAGAAAGACUUGUAGAGAUUGCCCAGGCCAAGCAUCCCGACCUCUGUGUGGAAGAAAAGCUGGUAGAACUAACCAGUCAGGUGUUUGUGGAUACACAACAAACAUGUGCUAGUCUAAUGAAAAGAUUGCAGACAAUUGAGGAGGAGAUUAUACAGAAGAAGAUAAAGUUAGUUAUUGUCGACUCAAUGGCAUCUCUGGUGAGGAAGGAGUACAGCACAUCUCUUGGGCAGAACCUAACAGAUCGCACCAACUUCUUGUCCCAGCAAGCUGCACUGCUCAAGUACAUCGCUGAGACUUUCUCCAUACCUGUGGUUGUCACCAAUCAGAUUACAACAAGAUACGACAGACAGCAUGGUAUGUCCAGUGCAGAAGAGACCACCGACAUACAGCUAGAUGGUGACAGUGGGUAUGUAACAACAGCCCUGGGUAAUACUUGGAGCCACAGUGUAAACACAAGACUUAUCCUUCAAUAUCUCACAGACAUUGAGAGACAGGUGAUGGUUGCCAAGUCGCCUAUUGCUCCAUUUACAAUAUUUACCUACACAAUACAGCAAGCUGGCCUUGUCCAGAAGGAGGGUGGUGCAGGUCAUUAUGCAGGGACGGAUCCAGGGAAUCAGAAGAUCCGGGUGAAGUCAGCCCUGAAGUUGGAGGCGUUGACUAGAAGUAUGCGACCUGAUUCACAGGACACUUGA